AUGUCAUCACUCAUAAGUAUACAUUCUGAAAAGAAAUAAUUUAUAAAAAUAAACAAUAUCUAAUUUAACAGUAAUUUCUAUCAUUAGUAUUAAGAUGAUCCAAAUGAAAACUUUGCUGGUUUAAUGUAUAUUUAUUCUAUAUAAGGUGAGAUUUAGAUAAACAAUAUAUAUUGCCAAGAAAAUGCUAUAACAAAUUCAUCAGCCUCUUUUCUUUAUCUUAUUUCUCAAUCCAUUUUGCUAAAUAAUUUUGUAAUUAUUUAUCAUAAUAUAAUUAAAUAAUAAUUAUGGAGUUAAUUUUAUAGCUUACAAAUUGAUGAACAAUUUAAUUAAGAUUAGAUUAACUAAAUUAUUUAGCAGAUAUAUCCAAUUUAUGUUAAAGGAGGUGCUGCUAAAGUAUUUUCAUAAAAUUUUUAAUGCAAAAAUUCAAUUUUUUAAAAUAUUAUGGCAUUUACAAGCGCAAUCUUUGAAAUUAAAACUCUAGGGUUAGGAUUUGUUAAAUUUUUAAAUAUAUCAAGUAAUUAAAUAAUAAGCACAAAAAGAGAUAGAAAUGAUAAUUUUGGUAGUGUGAAUAUUAAUUCUUAAAAUAGUAAUUUAAAUUUAGAAUUUGAAAAUUUUAAUUUUUAAAAUGUUUAAAAUGGAAUGGCUACAGCAAUAUUAUCAAUCAAUCCAUCUUAAAGAUAAAAUAAAAUAUUAUUACAAAAUUUGUAGAUAAUAAAUUGUUUUUCAUUCUUAAAUUAAAUUGUUUCAAUCUAAUUUUCAGCAUUUAAUAAUUUAAAUGAAGUAUAAAUAAAAAAUAUCACAGUUAUUUUUGAUGAAUUUUAAUUGAUGACAUAUCUAUCAAAAUUUAGUUAGCUCAGCUAAACAGAAAUUUCUUAAAUUAUAACUGAUAAUUCAUUAUUUAAUAUUGUUGGAGGUACGAUCUCUAUAAAUCAAUUUUUUAUUCAAGGAAUAAUCUUCUCUCCUAUUUUUAAAAUGAUAAAUACAAUUAAAUUAGAAAUUAGAGAUUGUUAUAUAAAUGAAGUUUAAACCUACUAUCCUUUAUAAUUAAUUUUAUUAAAUCAUUACUAAAAUUCAGUAGUUAUAUUUGAGAAAAUAUAAAUUGAUCGCUUUUCAAUAAAAGAAUUAAAUUCUGAAUAAUAAUAAGUAUAAAAGGCAACAGACUUUAAAGUGAUUGGAUGUUAACUCUAAAAAUAAUCUGAAAAUACUAUAUUAGACAGUAAAAUUGAAAUAAUCAAAAACAUGUAACUAUUGUUGAAUUUAUCUCUAAAUUCAAAUCAUUCACUUAUUUAAAUAUCAAGCUAAAAUAGUAAAUUAAAAUUAAUAUUAAAUUAAGUAAAAUUAUUAUAGAAUAAUUGUUAAAAUUAUACUAAAGGAUUAAUUUAUUUUGUGCUUACUGAUUUUAAGUUUGUAAGAAUUAAUGAAUUUUAAUGCAGUAACAACAAAAUAAAAGAAUAUGGAUGCUUAUACUUUAAUGCUGGUGCUUAUAAUAUUAAAUAAAAAGUUAUGGUAUAUGAUUCUGUUUUUAUUUAAAAUUAUGGCAGCUAAGGUACGGCUAUCUAAGUUGAGAACAUUCAACUUUUAAUAAGCAAAAGCAAAAUUCUUGAAAAUUAUGCAGGCAAAGCAGGAGGUGGCAUAUAUUUAAAUAUUGAAAAAAAUGGAUUUAAAAUUGAAGAAUCUAUUUUGAUGUCAAAUUAGGCUAAAGUAGGAGGUGGCAUGUUUUUAGAGAAAUAUAAUAAUUUAAACUCAGAAAACUUUUAAUAAUCUUAUUUACUUUUUAAUACUGCAGAAAGUUAUGCAAAUAAUUUAGUUGAAGAGCCAACCCAUUUAAGUGUUUUUAUAAAUUAAAUGGAAAUGUAAUCAUAAUAAUUAUAACUUGAUAACUAAAACAUGUUAGUUUCAAUAAUACAACCAUAUAACAUUAUAGAAUAAGGAUUUAUCUAAAAAGCACAAUGGUUGAUGAUUCCAAGUAAUUAAAAGAUUAAUAGUUAUAAGAUUUAUGUGCCAAAAUAUUAAGUUUUUAAAAGUUAUUUAGAGAUGAUAUCAAUAAAUUUUAAAAAUGGUUAUAAUGAGAAUUUAGAGAAUCUUACAAAUCCAUCUUGUUUAAUAGUUGCAACAAUACAUUAUGAAAAUAAAAGUAUAGAAUCAGAAGAGAAAAUACAUUAAAACCUUAUGUUUGAUAUGGAUUCUAAGGUUUUUGAUUUAAGUUCUCUUUCUUUUGGAUUUGAUCCAUACUAUUAAGAUAAUAGAAUAUUAUAAAUUGAAUUAAAUUGUAUGUCUGAAUCAAAUGAAGUACCAUUAAAAUAUUAUAUUUAUGCUAAAACUUUAAAAUGUUAGUUAGGAGAGUUUUAUAUAGAUAAAGGAUGCUAAGUUUGCUAAUCAAAUUAAGGAUUCUAUUCGGUAACUUAUAAUGCAACAAAAUGUUCAAUUUUUGAUAAAGAAAAAUUUGAAAAUAUAACAUCAAAUAAAAUUAAACUAUACGAAGGAUAUUGGAGACCAGAUUAAUUUUCAGAUUAUACAGAAAGUUGUAUAAAAAAUCCUAAAUUUUGUACAGGUGGUUGGGAGGUUGGAAAUAGUCUAUGUAGUAAAGGUCAUUUUGGAGGUUUAUGUGAAGAAUGUGAUAAUUUUGAUUUUAGAGGAGAUGGAAUGUUUUUUAAAAAUUUAUAGAAUUUUUAAUGUUUAGGAUGUAAUCGAAUUUAAGAUAGUAUAUUACCGUUUUUAUUAACUUCAUUAUGGUAAUUAAUUAACUUAUGAUAGGGCAUUGUUUUCCAUCUUAAUAACUUUAAGAAGUAUUGAAAAAUCUAAUAGAUUAUUCUCAUCACUUAAAAUUAGAUAAAAAUUUAGUAAAAUCAUAUUUAAAUUAGAUUAAGGUAUUAAAGUAGAUUUAUUUAAGAUCAUGAAAGUAUUCUUAUUAAAAUGCUUUUGAAUUAUUUAUGGAUAUUUUCAGUUGUCUUUACUUUUAACAUAAAUUUUUCAUUUUCAUUAAAUUUUAUUGAGUUAACAAGCAAUGCUUCUUUUUUUAUGGCUAAUAAUUUAGAUUGCUAUUUAUCUCAACUUCAAAAUUAUGAGCUAAUCUACAUUAGAAUAAUAGCUAUGCUAAUUUUGAUACUUAUUCAAUUAUUGCUAAUUUGGGCUGGAUUCACAAUUCAUGCAUAAUGCAAAAAAAAGAGUUUAAAUAGAAGUAUCAUUUCGAAUACAUUAUUAUAUUUAUAUGUAUCAAAUUAUGCAGCUUUAAUAAAAUAGUAUAUUUAUAUAAUUAUUAAUUAUUUAGAUUGUGUUCAAUAGUAUCUAAAAGAGAAAUUUCAAAGAUUUUUUACAUUUAAGGAGAUGUAUCUCUGAUUUAUGGAACUACUGAACAUUUCUCUUGGAUAAUAGGAUUUGUUAUUCCAAGCCUUGGAAUGAUUGGUCUAUUAAUUCCAUUUUCUCUAUUUUUUGUUAUGGAUAUUAAUAGAGAUCAACUGGAUAAAAUAAAACUAAGAAGACAUAUUUGUUACCUAUUUAAUGAAUAUAAUACAGAAAGCUAUUAUUGGGAAUAAAUUAAACUAUCAAAAAAAACAAUUAUUAUAAUAAUAUUAACCUAUUUUGAAAGUAAUGUAUUAUUAAGAGCCUCUCUGCUUGGAUUAUGCUUGCUUUUUUACUAAUUAUUAGCAGUUAAACAAAAACCUUAUAUAAUAUCAAGUUUGAAUUUUUUAGAUAUAUAAACAGGAUAAAUUUGUUCAAUUUCUAUAUUUAUUGCAGCAGCAAAAUAUGUAUCAGAAAAGGAAAAUGAUUAAGUCUUAUCAGUUAUACUUUAAAUUUUUAUUGUUAUUUUAUGUUGUAGAUUAUGUUAUCCUUUCAUUACAAAUAUUUUUAGAGUUUACUUUAAGAAAUAUAAAGUUCCUCUUAUUGAUUAUUUUCAUAAAUUGUUGAGAUGCAUAAAAGCUAAUUGUUUUCUGACUAUUUAUUUGAAUAAUCAACUUAAAAAAUUAAAUUACUUAGAAUAACGAAGAAGAAACAAUUUUGCAAAAUUACGCUGUCAUUUAAUUUAAAUAUCAAAAGUUUAAAUAGGACAUUAAAAGUAAAUAAAAAAUAAUAUAAAUAGAUAAAUGAUUUCAAUGAUUAAUUCCUAAUCUACUAUUCGAUAUCGUUAGACUAUAACUGAUGUUGACAUGCACAAGCUUAUCAGCCCUUGA